AUGUCUCUCAAGGUCCUCAUCUACGCCUACCGUAAACCCGGUAUCUCCCUCGAGGACUUCAAGAAGCACUACGAAGCUCACGUCGACCUCAUCAAACAUCUCUCUGGAGAGGACUUCCCUCUCUCCCACAAGCGCAGUUAUGUCGCGCGCAAUACUGCCGAGACCCCUGUCGAGGGUGCCAGCGACCGCAAUCCACUGACCCCCGCCACGGUGCUUGUCGGACAACAGACCGACUUUGACUUCGAUGCUUAUGGCGAGCUCACCUUCACCGAUCAGGCUGCGUUCCAAGCUUUCGGUGCGAAGGUGUACGCCCCUGAAGCCGCUGCUCAGAUCGCUGCCGACGAAGAGAAGUUCCUGGAUAAGUCGAAGCUUGCGAUUGUCAUGCUUGGGGAUGUCAUCGAAACUACCAGAUAA